GCGCUACUGCGCAUGGCACGUUACGUCCCUCCCUCUCGGCAACCGGCCUGGUGGCAGAGCAGCCAUAAACUGAGGAGGCGGAGCCCAGCCGGGGUCGGGACUGCGCGCUCACUCCAGGACCAGGUUUAAUUUUUGAACUUGAACCAGGUCUACCCAUUAGGAACUCAUGUCUUUUCUUGUAAGUAAACCAGAACGAAUUAGGCGGUGGGUCUCGGAAAAGUUCAUUGUUGAGGGCUUAAGAGAUUUGGAACUAUUUGGAGAGCAGCCUCCGGGUGACACUCGGAGAAAAACCAAUGAGGCGAGCUCAGAGUCCAUAGCCUCUAUCUCUAAACAAGAGACCAUGAGCAACGUUCAGCCAGAAGGAGAGUGUUAUGAGCUACUCACCACUAUAGGGAAAGGAUUUGAGGACCUGAUGACAGUGAAUCUAGCAAGGUACAAACCAACAGGCGAGUAUGUGACGGUGCGGAGGAUUAACCUGGAAGCUUGUUCCAAUGAGAUGGUGACUUUCUUGCAGGGGGAGCUUCAUGUCUCUAAACUCUUCAACCAUCCCAAUAUCGUGCCAUAUCGAGCCACCUUUAUUGCAAACAAUGAACUGUGGGUGGUCACAUCUUUCAUGGCAUAUGGUUCUGCCAAGGACCUUAUCUGUACACACUUCAUGGACGGUCUGAGUGAGCUGGCGAUCGCGUACAUCCUGCAGGGGGUGCUGAAGGCCCUGGACUACGUCCACCACAUGGGCUACGUACACAGGAGUGUCAAAGCCAGCCACAUCCUGAUCUCUGUGGAAGGGAAGGUCUACCUGUCUGGUUUACGCAGCAACCUCAGCAUGAUCAGUCAUGGGCAGCGGCAGCGUGUGGUCCACGAUUUCCCCAAGUACAGUAUCAAAGGUCUGCCUUGGCUCAGCCCGGAGGUCCUCCAGCAGAAUCUUCAGGGUUACGAUGCCAAGUCUGACAUCUACAGUGUGGGAAUCACAGCCUGUGAACUGGCCAAUGGCCACGUGCCCUUUAAGGACAUGCCUGCCACCCAGAUGCUGCUGGAGAAACUGAACGGCACAGUGCCCUGCCUGCUGGACACCAGCACCAUCCCUGCCGAGGAGCUGACCAUGAGCACCUCACGCUCGGGAGCCAACUCGGGCCUGAAUGAGAGCCUGGCCCCCAGCACCCCCAGGGCCUCCAACGGUGACUCGCCCUCCCACCCCUAUAACCGCACCUUUUCGCCCCACUUCCACCACUUUGUGGAGCAGUGCCUUCAGCGCAACCCGGAUGCAAGACCAAGCGCCAGCAGCCUCCUGAACCAUUCUUUCUUCAAGCAGAUCAAGCGACGUGCCUCAGAGGCUUUGCCGGAAUUGCUUCGUCCUGUUAACCCCUUUGCCAAUUUCGAGGGCAACCUAGCUCAAGAUCACAAUGACAUCUUCGGCCUCAUCACAAACAUGGAAGAGCUCGAGGUGGAUGACUGGGAGUUCUGA